UAUCAAAUCAAAUCAUAGCAUGUUGCAACAGAGGCCGUGGGCAGCAGUGUGACCUGGAGGGUAAACCACAUGUCGAGGAGACCGAGGUCCUUGAACUACACAUCCCGAUACUCGCCGAACCUCUGUCGAACCCCGAUUGGACGUCGACGUGCCACGUGACCAGACGUGAAGCGAAGCAGCAGGCUGAAAGUUGACACGGAGACCAACCGGCGGCGAGACGCUCAAUGAAAGGAACAUGUCACCUGCAUCGGCCAAAACGUUGGGCCACAAACCCCUGGACGGUGGUUGGGGCUGGAUGGUGGUCAUUGGGGCUCACAUCUCCAUCGGAUUUGCCUACUCCACGCCAAAAGUCCUGUCAAUUUUCUACAAGCCCAUCCAAGAGGACUUAGGCGUCAGCUCCAGUGAAAUAGCAUGGAUUUCCUCAAUCAUGCUGGCGGCCAUGUAUGCAGGCGGACCUGUGAGCAGCAUGUUGGUCAGUCGCUUCGGAAGCCGGCCAAUAGUGAUACUGGGCGGACUGAUGUGUGGGGUCUCUAUGGUAACGGCUUCUUUCGGGAACUCCAUCGUUCACAUCUACUUUUUCAUUGGCAUCAUUGGAGGUUGCGGACUCUCCUUAAAUCUGAAUGCGUCCCUCACCAUCAUCAGCAAGUAUUUCCUGGCGAAACGUCCUUUGGCCAACGGACUGGCGAUGGCUGGCAGCCCAGUGUUUCUCUGUCUAGUGGCCCCUCUGAACCAAUAUUUACUGGACAAGUUCGGCUGGAGAGGGAGUCUGCUCAUCCUCGGGGGUCUGAUGCUCAACUGUUGCGUCGCUGGGGCCCUGAUGAGACCUGUUAUUGUACCUCGUAAGCAAACCUCUUGUGCAUCCGAGAAGAUGGUGGAAGAACAACCAGAUAAGAACAACACUAAGCUAAAAGCAAGCUGUAUGAAGGACGCCAAGAUCUUCAUCAAUUUGUCGCUAUUCAAGGAUAGAGGCUUCGUCUUUUACCUCAUCGGAAACGUGUUGUUCAUCUUCGGCGCCUACGCGCCCAUCGUGUUCCUGCCAGCCUAUGCUAUCAGCCAAGGUGUCGACGAGUACUCGGCAGCCUAUCUGCUCUCCAUCAUGGGUUUUGUGGACAUGUUCAUUCGUCCAGGCACCGGCCUGGUGGCCAACAGCAAGUGGAUAAGGCCCAGAAUCCAGUACUUCUUCAGUUUUGCUAUGGUUUUCAACGGUACGUGCCACUUGCUGUGCCCACUGAUGAAGAGCCACGGCCUCCUGAUCGGCUACACGGUAUUUUUCGGCAUCGGCUUCGGCAUGGUGUUCGCCCUGAUAUUCGAAUGCCUGAUGGACCUGAUGGGAAGUCAAUGCUUCCCCAGUGCCGUCGGUCUGGUCACCAUCAUCGAGUGCUUCCCCAUGCUACUGGGACCACCCACUGCAGGGUUACUGGUGGACCUCUGCGGUGACUACAAGUAUCUUUUCUUCAUGUGUGGCUCUGUGAUCGUGGCUGGCGGACUCUUUCUCUUCGUGGCGAACAUCUACCACUACCACAUGCUGGAAAAAGAGAAGACCGAAAAGGACAGGGCGCAGAACCAAAAAUCCACGGAGAACCAGGACCAGGUGAGCGAAUCGGAGGUAGAGAUGUAACCCACUCCUGAGGCGGUGAUGGAACGAACUGAAACUAGAGAUGAGAAUGAACCCCGCAAAAUCCAGGAGAAACACCAAAUGAAACGGAUUCCUCACUUUAGCAGGGAUGUUGGGGGUCAUGGGUGAAGUGCUGCUGGAGCGCGCAGUGCCACUUUUUUUCCCCUUCAAGUGAGGAAAUACAGUACGCAUAGUAAACUUGUUGAAAAUCAUAUGUCAUGAAAGAGGGAAAAAAAGAAAAGAAAAACAAAUUUGCAGCAGUAGCUGCCAGAAGCCUUUAAGUGGCACAGUGAAUUACAUUUUUUGUUUAGCUAGCUAACCUUAACUAGUAAAGAUGAAAAGGCAGCAAAUCAUCCUUUCAUUCAUCAUUCACUCUUCUAGCUGUCUGACCUCUGCCUGCCCUGCAACUUUUCCUUUUUGACAGACUAGUUCGUGCCCUAAGUACCUUUUCUCGAGUGCAGCCAGAAAAGGUGCCACUAUGUCCAACCAGUCCAAUCCGCAAGCUCAUAUUUAUUCAUUGGAGUCGCACGAGUCUGGUCCUGCUCCCAUUCAGACCGAUUUCCAUCUGUCCUCCAACUGGAUGAGCCAACCACAACCUUUUAUCUGAAAUGGUAAAUGGACUUUACAGGACAAGUCACAUUCACCAGUGCUGCUUUUCACCACACUUUUUCUGUCACAUACACAUUUGUGCACUGCCGGGAGAAUGUCCAGAAGUAAGUGUCUUGCCCAAGGACACAUCGGCAUGCUGACUAGGGGAGUCGACCUGUGGUGGGUUUGAUACAAUGACUGACGGAGGGGGCGCCCGAUGAGAACGCUGCCGAAGACUUUCCUCUAACAAAGAAGAAGGCUACCGCUGAUGUGGACUGGUAUGUUAAAUUCUCUAUGGAGAUUAUAUGAAACAUUAUAUUUUCCUCUAAAAGGACAAAUGACUGCUGUACGCUGUUUACAUUUUUCGGUUUUGUGUGCACUACAUCACGUUUUCCCUGACGCCCCCCCUGGAAAAUGACUUGAGGUGUUACAAACGUUCAAACAGGGACAUUUUAGGCAGCUCUCCACAGUUUUGUGACUCAUUUGUUUUUAUUUAAAAUGAAUUCACUCACCAUUAUAAACUAUAUCAGGCUCAAGUUAUCCGGGAAGCUCCCAUCAGUUCCGGAGGGAAGUUAAUACUUUUACCAUGAACCGUGGAAAAAAAGAACAUUUAUGAAAGAAUGACUUGAAAUGUAUUUCAUUUCUCUAAAAGAUUUUAGUGAAACUACCCUGAAUUUUGUUCUUUCUUUUUGUAGACAACCAUCUUUUAGCUGUAAGUAAGAAAAUUGACAUACAAUUUUGAGUAACAUGGAGGAGGUGGGUUUUGAUCUAUACAGUAGCCAGCCACCGGGGAUCACCAUCAAGAUGUUUUGGCGUUGCUUUUGAGGAGCUAUCAUGUCGUCCGUCUUUAUAUAGAAAUAUUUGCUAGUAGCAGUGCUUAGUUAACAUUAACUACCUACUAGUACAUUGCUAAAGUCAAAGUUUAGUUAGUCAAAUUGCGAGUUGAUCAGCGUUUUGCCUUGUUAAAAGAGAAAAUCUUGGCCCCGCUUCCAGUGAAUGGUGAGAGAUGAGAUCAUUUGGCAGUUGAAACAGUUGAAUGUGAGAUAUGUUUUGUUGUUGCCUCUUUUUAAUUUACCUCCAAAUGUGACUGAGAUAUUUCCACGUUACAAAACAUUUUUUUAGCCGGCAGUUUUAUCACACAGGUGACAAACUACCAGUUACUUACCUUUUUACAUUUUAACACUGCCGCAACGUUUUUGUGCCUUAUAUGUGCGGUCGAAUCUUAAUCCCUGAGAGUAAAUGAAAUGCCGGAUUUGUUAACUUCUAUCUGUCACACGGUCAUGAGUGCAAACGUCUGUUUUUUCUCCUUCUGUAAUUCCUCAUUUUGUUUCAUAUUCAUCUAAUCUGUGUAUAAAAUAUUAAAAGGGCCCAUGCUGUGCUUUUCAUCACAUUUCCUUCAGCUGUUUUGCAUAUAAAAGGUAUGCUCAUGAACAGCCUGAAAUGCCUAAUUUGGAUUCCUAACUCUUUUUUUCUUCUAGUAAAGCGUCUACAUCACCAUAACGUUCCCGCUUAGCCAUUACACAGUUAUAAUGUUACAAAUUAAAUAUAAGCACUACAGAAUAGGAACUUGUGUGUGGUAAUGUACUGCUCAAAUUGUGCUUGGUCCGUCAGCUGGCUCACGCUGACUUUCAUUAUUCAGGCUAAAAUUGACAGGCAGAACAAACGCCAGUGUUACCUAGGAAACAGUACUCCGCUUUUUCAGUGGCAGGCCAAGAGCUGCAAUCUGUUUUGCACUUGGAGUUUACUUUAUGAAAUCUGCAAUACUUUAUUUACAUGAAAUACUGUAGCUGCCAAUAAAGACAUGGACAAGUAUUUACAAAUGA